CUGUGGCUGGUGUGUCAUCUUUCAGUGUUUUGAUUCUCUCUACGAUUUUUAGCUGCUUUGUGCUUCCCAAAACUUAUCACCAGUUUCCGAAUUUGCACGACCUUUCCUAAGUUUUGAGCUUAAACAUAAUUACUCUAGGUUUAUUGAAAGUCUAAACGUUCAUAAGUAGCAACCAGCAAAGCUGAUUUAAUCUUGGUUUUUGCCUGACACGAUAUCUGUAUAUGGUGCAAUCGCUGGAGAAGGCACUUCUAGAAGCAAGUUGGUUUUCUAUCUGGAUUAUGAAAUAGAGCACCAGCCCAUAACAGGAAAAUCCAGGGCAGUGCCGUUUGAUUGUCGUUUUCGCUAGGAACUGCUGGGAAUGUCCGUUUGUGUUAAGGUGAAGAACAGCAACAGGGGCUCCACCAAUUCCAGAGAUUUUUCAAUAUACGAUUUCGCGCACUCGGGUCAAUCGAAAGCCCGGGCUCCAAAGUCAAACGUCCUAGCCGUGAAUGCGUCCGAGACCGAUGAGGUACUGGAUGAAGAAAUGCUCUCGACGACGACGACCCAACGAAGAAACGAUCCAAGUGGGAUGGAGACCGCAGGCGCGCCGGAAGAAGUGACCUACUGUGACUAUACCAUCGACAUCUGGUUCCUCAUAUCGGAGCACGUUCGACCGGAGGACGUAGGGCGUUUUGCACUAAUCUGUCGCAAAACGGCCGAGGUAGUACAAUCGGCCAAAUUUUGGCACCAUCUCUAUAGGAAGCACUACGAUCGGAAUGUGGACCUUCCCCGGUGGCUCCAGCCGGACUGUAUGGUACUGAUGAAAGGCCUCCGGGCACGUACCGUUCGAGCCUUGUACUACACCUAUCAGCCGUUUGUGAAUCGGAUCGCUGCGUCGGCUUUUACCGAUCCCCACCGAGUGACAGGCCGGCAGCUCAUAUUCUCCUGGUACACCAAGUGCAAAUCCGGAUGGAACUAUUGCUUCAAAUUGAAAACUCGUUUGAUUCCGGGAAGUCGAGCUGCGCAGUCGGCUCGGAUGCAGGAGCAACGAGAGUCGCUGGAAUAUCUACGGGACAUGUACGCAAACCCGGAGGAAGGUUGCCAAAUUCUGAUCAUCACGACGAACACCAUGCAUCUACUGCCGCAGUACCACGAACAGCUGACGGUGAAAUCCUUCACCCAAACCCUAGCCCAAGGUUUUACCAACUACAAGGUGCGACUGCAGAUGGCCGACUAUUCCAAACGGAUAGUGGACGAGAUGGUGUUCGUGCCAGUGCGAAGGGUACGCCUGCUGGACUGGUGGAAUCCGGAGUACUACCGAGAGGAUCCGACGAUCGAGAAGAAACCAGCAGUGGAAGAGGAACCGGAUGAGUUUCAACAACAGCAGCAGUUGGAAUUCGAUCCGAACGAUGUAUAUUGGCACUGGGAGGAUUGAACAAGCGGAGAGAGGGGGGACGUAACGGGAUGAGAUUGUGAUGGAAAAUUAAAUGAAAGCUUUAAAACUG